CUGUUCUAGUGUCUCUUUCUCUGGGAAAUGAAAUGGAGCUUACCAUCUGAGGAAACUCAAAUCAUCAAAGCUUUGGCCGGCGAUCCUGAAUCCAAUUAACGAUGGGAUCAGCGUUCCGUGAUCGCACGGCGGAGUUUCGUUCACUCUCCCAAACGUUGAAGAAGAUCGGAGGGGCGAUUCCGUCCGUUCAUCAAGCCGAAAGUGAUCCGACAUCCUCCAAACGGUCUUCGCCGGGAUCUUCGAGAUCUGAGUUCAACAAGAAGGCUUCCCAGAUCGGUCUGCGUAUCCACGAAACGUCUCAGAAGACUGCGAGGCUGGCUAAAUUGGCAAAAGAAUCGUCAAUUUUCAAUGACCGGACUUUGGAGAUACAGGAGCUGACCGUGUUGAUCAGGAACGAUAUCACGGGGCUGAACAUGGCUCUCUCUGAUCUGCAGACCCUUCAGAACAUGGAGAUCGCCGAUGGGAGCUAUUCGCAUGACAAAGUCAGUCACUACACAGCUGUUUGCGAUGACUUGAAAACCAGACUCAUGGGAGCUACAAAGCAGUUUCAAGACGUUCUAACUGCAAGAUCAGAGAACAUGAAGGCUCAUGAAAACAGGAAACAACUCUUUUCCGCAAAAAACGCAGCAGUAGAUAAUCAGAGUAAUGCAAAAGCUGUACCUGAGCCUCCUCCUUGGUCAAGUUCAUCAGUUUCUUCCGGGAAUUUACAACAACAGCCACUAUUACCGCCAUCAAACAGUGGAGCUCCUUCAGGUAGCCAGCUUAGACGCAGAUCUGCUAUUGAGAAUGCACCAUCGCAGCAAAUGGAGAUGUCUAUGUUACAGCAAACAGUGCCAAGGCAGGAGAGUUAUAGCCAAAACCGAGCUGUUGCGCUUCACAGUGUGGAAUCAACGAUAACAGAGCUCAGUGGAAUAUUCACGCAUCUAGCUACCAUGGUCACUCAACAGGGAGAGCUAGCUAUCAGAAUCGAUGAUAAUAUGGAUGAAUCGUUAGUUAACGUAGAGGGAGCACGCAGCGCUCUUCUGCAGCAUCUCACUAGAAUUUCGUCUAAUCGAUGGCUCAUGAUCAAGAUCUUCGCUGUUAUCAUAUUGUUCCUCAUUGUUUUCCUCUUCUUUGUGGCUUGAAACAGUUACCUUUAUAUAUUUUUUGAUCUUGUUGCAUCAAAAACAAAGCGAAAGGUUACAUCUAUACACAUGUUAAAGUUUGGAAGCUUCAAGAGUUCAAAAAAGUUUGAAUU